GGGGGGGGGGGGGGCGGUUGGGCGCGGGCACGCGCUCGCUGAGGUUUGAAGGAGGGGGGGGGGAGCGCGCGCUCGUAUGUAAAUGAGCGGGCGUGAGGUCAGAGGCAGAUGGAAAAGGGAACAGACAGAAUGGCCGCCGCGGCUCCCGCUCCUCCUGCCGCCGCCGCCUCCUCCUCGCAGUGCCGGAGCCCCCGCUGCACGGCGGAGCGCAGGGGAGUCCGCCGCGAACUCGACUCCUGGCGGCACCGGCUCAUGCACUGUGUGGGUUUUGAAAGCAUUUUAGAAGGGCUUUAUGGACCAAGGCUACGAAGAGACCUCAGUUUAUUUGAAGACUGUGAGCCAGAAGAGCUAACUGACUGGUCUAUGGAUGAGAAAUGUUCCUUUUGUAAUUUACACAAAGAAACAGUCAGUGAUCGUGCAUCAAUUAUUGGUUCUUCACAGUCAACGCCUACAGAGGAACUAUCAUCUCAGGGCCAGUCCAACACUGAUAAGAUUGAAUGCCAAGCAGAAAACUAUCUAAAUGCACUCUUUCGAAAGAAAGAUCUUCCUCAGAACUGUGAUCCUAACAUUCCCCUAGUUGCUCAGGAAUUAAUGAAAAAAAUGAUCCGCCAGUUUGCGAUUGAGUACAUUUCAAAAAGUAGCAAAAUUCAAGAGAACAGAAAUGGUUCAUCGUUUGAACCAAGUAUGAUAUGUAAAAGUAUCCAAAUGAACCAAACGGAAAACUCCCUUCAGGAAGAACAGGAUAGCCCUCUAGACCUCACUGUGAAUCGAACUCAAGAACAGAAUACUCAGCAAGGGGAUGGAGUGCUAGAUCUCUCUACAAAGAAAAGCGCAAGGUUGGAAGAACCCAAAUAUGAUCCAUUGUGUUCUGAAAACUCGGUGUCUGGGAGACUACACAGACACAGAGAGGACUAUGUGGAAAGAAGUGCUGAGUUUGCAGAUGGUUUGCUCUCAAAAGCUUUGAAAGACAUUCAGUCUGGAGCACUGGACAUAAAUAAAGCAGGCAUACUUUAUGGCAUACCUCAAAAAACUUUACUUCUCCACUUAGAAGCCUUACCAGCAGGAAAGCCUGCACCUUUUAAAAACAAAACUCGAGAUUUCAAUGAUAGUUAUUCAUUUAAAGACAGUAAAGAAACUUGUGCAGUCCUACAAAAAGUAGCCUUGUGGGCAAGAGCUCAAGCAGAGCGCACAGAAAAAAGUAAACUCAGUCUACUUGAAACCUCAGAAUUAAAAUUCCCAACAGCUUCCAGUUACCUCCACCAGUUAACUCUACAGAGAAUGGUCACACAAUUUAAAGAAAAAAGUGAAAAUCUACAAUAUGAAACUACAAGUCCUACUGUACAAUUAAAAAUUCCUCAGCUAAGAAUAAGUUCUGUGUCCAAACCACAGUCUGAUACUGCUGGUCUUCUGGAUGUUAUGUACCACGUUUCUAAAACCUCCUCAGUCUUAGAAGGAUCAGCUCUUCAAAAAUUGAAAAAUAUACUCCCUAAACAGAACAAAAUUGAAUGUUCUGGACCUGUAACUCACUCAAGUGUUGAUUCCUACUUUCUGCAUGGGGACCUCUCUCCUUUGUGUCUUAAUGCUAAGAAUGGGACAGUAGAUGGAACCUCAGAAAAUACAGAAGAUAGUUUGGAUCGUAAAGAUAAUAAGCAGCCAAGAAAAAAACGUGGCCGCUAUCGGCAGUACGAUCAUGAAAUAAUGGAAGAAGCAAUUGCAAUGGUAAUGAGUGGGAAAAUGAGUGUUUCCAAAGCACAAGGAAUUUAUGGGGUACCUCACAGCACUUUAGAAUAUAAAGUAAAAGAAAGAUCUGGAACAUUGAAGACUCCGCCGAAGAAGAAACUCCGAUUACCAGAUACUGGCUUAUUUAAUAUGACAGAUUCAGGGACUGGCAGCUGCAAAAAUAGUAGCAAGCCUGUGUAGAAUAAUUGUUAGCAAAUUGUUUUGUGUGUGUGUGUAUGUAUGUCUGUAUACACACACUGUGUGAGAAAUACAUAUGUUCACUCUGACAGAAGACGUGAAAUUAUACAGUUCAAAAACCACAUACAUGCCUUUUGAAAAAUAGUUUUAUUCAGGGUUUUCACUGUGGACAGAAUUAUAGAGUUGCUCACUUAAUUCUGAUAGUGUGUAUUUAAUAUAAUCCUUGUAUAAAUAGGUGAAAAGAUUCAGGUUUUAUUUAGUAGUCAAUAGCAUAAAGAUGUUUUGGGAAAACAAGUAUUUGUCAUGUGAAACAUAAUUUUUAAUUGGUGAAAAACCACUCUACCCAUUCAACAAACCAUCUUAUUACGGAAAUACAAGAACAAUGGUUAGCAAACUUCUAAACUUCACAGAAUACUUGCAAUAAAUUGUAAGUAACUCAGAUUAUACAAAUCAAGGGAUUUUUUAAAAAGCUAGUUCCUUAAAAGAAAGUGAAUUUGUGAAGUAUUAGUAGGAUAUAGUACAUUCUGUGAAAGAAAAAAAACUUCAUCGUUACUUAAAUAUCCAAUACAAGUAAAAAAUAAACAUUUCAUUACUAAAAAUGUGUGUUAGCAGGCAUAAACUGCAUUUUUUUAUCAUUUUAAGACAAUUUUGUUGGUGGUUUAGAAAGAAAUUGGUGUUUACAAAGUGUACACUUAUGAAACCUGAGAAAUUACUGUAGUUAUAGAAUUAUUAAAUAUGAAAUAAGAUGGAAUACUAAGAGCAUAAAAUAAUUUAAACUUAAACCUAAUUUUCCUUUUUAGUUUGAAAAAUAAGGUGACUUGUAAGGUUUAAAAAGAAGGUUGGAAUGCAACUUAGAGCAUGUUCAUAAUGUGCACAGAAUGAGCUUGAGAAUGGCGUUUUGUUUUGUUGUUCUUUUUUUUGUUUAAACGUUAGUUUAAACAAAGUGUUUAAAGUUAGUGUUUGGUUAGUUGACGUUAUGACUACUUAAAAUUUAUUUAAGGAUUGUGUCACACUCCUAUUGAAAAACCUCACUGUAACUGUAAUGUAUUUGCUGCUGUGACAUUUCAAAACAUUUUCAGUUUAUCAAAAUGAAUACCAAGUUACAUUAUCAUUUUGCUAAUAACCAAAUUUGCAGUUCAGGGUCUUGAUAGAAAUACAAAUAUUGAACAGUGAAGCUGUUUUGAACGUUCAAUAAUAUAAAUUCUUUAUAAAUUUGGUAGUUAGAAGCUAGACAGUUCACUUUAAAUAGGUAACUUUUAAUAGAAUUUAAGGGAGACCAAUUACCUUCAUAUUGCAGUUUUUAAAUGAAUUUCAAAGUAUUCACAUUGGACUUUAUAUCAUACUUAAUUUUUUCAUGGAAUAUCACAAAGAACGUGUCUACAUACGAAGAAUGGGGGCUUGCUUCAUGCAUUUGAUACAGAACAUCAAUGCCCUUUUCCUCUCAAAAUGUAAUUACUUCUGUAUGCAUCUAAUUUGGGUAGAAAAAGACUUCUCUCCAACUUUUAUACAUUUGUUGCACAUGCAUACAUUGUCAAUUUUUUUCCCACUUAAAUUUGCCUGUGUAUAGGUUAAUUAUAAAAACUGAAAGGGGACAUUAGAUACAUAUGGGCCACAUCAGGUAACUUGAUUUCUAGAUAAACUUGCCAUUAAAGUCAGCAGAGAGCAUACUUACAAUAUUGAUGGCAAAAUCUAGCCCAUAUUUAUUAACCUUAUUAAAAAAUAACAACUUACAUUUUAAAAUACAAUAAUGUUCCUUAAGUGAAGCUGCACAAACAGUGUAUCACUUCUUUGGUCUCUCAGAUCUAUACUGAAUCUUCUUCAGUGACUAAGGUUUACUUGCAUAUUACAAAAUGAAUCCUUUUUUACGCAGAACUGUACCCGAUAACAAGGAGGUUACAAAACAGCAAGUGUCAGGGUCAUCUUUCCUUUUAAAAGAAUUAAGCCAUACUUUGUGAGGGCCAGAAGGAUUAAAUUCUUAAUGCAUCCCCACUGGAAAGUGAAGUUGAAAAUAACCUUAAACGUUUCAAGAUCUGUCUUUAUACAGUUUUACUUGCAAAAAUUUGGGGCUUCAAUACUUUGCCUAAUAUUUGUACCAUACUGGUGUUUUCUACUCCUCAGACAAUAUUAUAAAUUUGAAUCUGAAGUUUAUAUUGAAGGCAAGUUACAGUACUCUUUUUAUAUCAUUUAAAAGAUGACCUGACCAAAAAAAUAACAGGAUUCAUAAUAUCAGGGAUCAUUUUACUAUUGACUUAACAGUACUCAGUAGUUUUGUAUGUAAUAUUAUAAUUAAUUUUCAACAUUUUAGUACUUGUAUUUAUUUUUUGGUCAGAAAUAGUAUAUUAAAAUAUUUUUUGAUAGUUUAUAGAUGAUACUCAACCUGUAAGUGUUUAAAGGAACAGAAUUAUUUGUUUCUAAUUAUUAGGCUAACCUUUGAUUACACAACUAAGGAAAGGCAGGGAAAUGUGUAGAUUCUCCUUCCCCAACCCCUAUGUACUCCAUUAAAUGUCAUUUAAAUUACACACUUUGAACUGUUUUAUAAAUUCAGUUACCAGUCACUACUUAGUAAUUGACAUUUUCUGAAAAUCCAUGUUUCAGCAGAAUUUUAAAUGAAGGCGAAAGCAAGCCCUACAUGCUUUCUACUUAUUUGAAUGUUUCUCAAGUAUUUUAUAUUAAAAAACAGUGCCUCUGUUUUUAGAACUACUGCUCAGUAAAGCUGUUUAAACCAUUUCUGGUAGCUAAUGACAAUUUUAUAUUAAAUUGUAUAUUAACUUUAGUGAGACUGAUUUUUUAGUUGUUUACAGUACAAAUACUUGUAUUUGUUUUUUAAUUGCAGUAUUUCCAUUGUCGCAGUAAUUUAGUAAAACUCUGUGGCUGCCUUGAUUUUUGACAGAUUUUUGUUAACAACUGAUUUUUAGGCAAUUAGUUAUAUUUAUGCAUAAAUCAAUUGCACUAUAAUUCAUGAAUUAUUUAUUACAAUAUUUUCUAAUGAAUUCCAUGUAUUUGUCUUGUGUUGUAAAUGUACUGUAAUUCUGUUUCUUCUUUGUGUUGUUAUAUUCCUAAAUCUGAUUGUAUGAAUUUAAUUGUUUAGUUAACGUGUUUCUACGUUGUAAUUUGUAGUAAAGCACUUCAAUGCUUUUGCACAUAAAUUUACAACACUGAUGUGUGAUUGAUUUGCUCAUUCAGUAAAAAAAAAAAAAAAAAAAAAAGAAAAAGAAAAGAAACAAAAAACCUGUACACUGACUCAUUUGACUUACUCCUGAGGCACAUAUUUAACAGGGGCAUUAGAUCAAGACCUGUACAAAUUAAGCAUUUAAUGACUAAUUUACUAUGAGAAUUUCAUAUAGCAGAGAUCAUAGCUUUAAGGAAGGGUGCUAUAUGGGUGCUUAAAUGGAACCAAAUAUUCAUUUUACUAAUACUAUUGUGGAUAAAAUACAGCUUUGGGGGAGAGAUUUAUUUACUUAGGAAGUUCUGUGAGUACAAACUGAUAGUUCCAUCAGAGUUCUAUGCAGUCCAUACAAGUACCUGCAGAUGUGUUCUGUUCCCAGUUCUGCCCCUCUGCUCAGUCUUCAGCGACAUUGCUAGGUCGGUCCAACAGGGACAGAACUUUAGGGAAGGAGAUCUUUUGGGAGUCCUCUCAUAAGAACACUUUCCUGAGAAUUUUCUGGAUUUGAGGAUAAAUAUUUGCUUAUAUCUAAAAUAAUAUGCUGAAGGGCUAGUUCUUAACCUUACCACAUCUCUGCCUUUGUGCCAGUUCUGGACUCCAGUCGAUCAUCACUCUGUGGUAUUAAAUGCCCCUUCCAUUACAACUAAUGUAAUUCCAUGCUUGACCUUUGUCUUCAGGGCUUUUGUACACAGAAGGUGUUGGGGGAGCAGCGUGUAUUGCUCCCGUCCCCUCUCAACUCCUCCAUUUCCUAUCCACUCUCACUGGCCACCUUUUUUUGUGUCUGUUGUAGGAAGUGUAAGGCAGCUCUGUGAAGGAAGGAUGCAGCUGUGAAAUAGCUCGUCCUUCUGUGCCGUUAAUGCUAAAGUCCUUUGUCCCAAAGAGAGUCUUAACUGCUGUGUGACAACACAAAUUUAAAGGGCUACAGGGAGCCCUUUCAAUUUUAUUGAAAAGCUAUUAAAGGAGUUUGUCUAAAUAUAUGGACAUCUCUACAGAGAGAGACUCUCUCGAAAGAAAAAGCGUUGUUUUAAAGCUUCUGUGUGUUUGCAGAGUAAACUCUACUCCCAGAUGGUGACCAUGUCAAGGCUGCUGCAUUUUCACAAGCUUCAGAGACCUUUUGGAGUAUGGUAGCAUUGCCCUAGGUGAAGUUGUCUGUCAGCUUUAGAAACUAACACACACGAAGGGAAAGCAAGUUUUAGUUGUGUUACACAAGGGUAGGUAGCUAGGAAAUAAAUCAUGUUAGGAGAAUGUCCAGUAUGUCCGCAGUAACCAGCAUAUUAUUUUUUAAUAGAUUAAUCUCAACAUAUCAAAUUCAGAGCAGUUUUAACUUUGAGAAGGUUUUAGCACUUGGGAAGGUUCUUCCGCCAGUGAGCAUAUAUGAAGUAGCAAUUACUUACAUUCUGGAUACAAGCAGUCUCCAUUAAAAUAUCUCCAGUGAAACAUCAUUAGACAGAGCUUGCAAGCCUGGAAAGACACAGACAUCUGUUUAGAGAUUUGUCCAUAAAAUCUGUACAGUAGCCAUCAGGUAGCAAAUUAUUACAUAGCAAAAGGACUGUGAUUUACAAACAAAAUACUGAAGACCUGGUGCUUGGGGUGUUUUUUGGUUUGGUUUGUUUUUUGUUUUUUUUUUUUUCUCUUUAGCCUUUUAAUACAUUAUUUCAUUAAAGUCAUGGUGGGGAGGGCAAUUAUUUUUUAUCCAUAAUUGUAUUACUAGAAUAAGCUUUGUUUUCCCAAGUGUAGUGAUGCAGUUCGACACCUUGUGACUCCAGAGAAAUAACGUUCUGAAUCUUCCUAGUGCAGGGGUGUUUCAAAACUAGUUAAAACCUGACAUAACAUGCCCUUGAAUCAUGUUUUUUAUUUUGGAUUGCAAGUGCAAAGAGGGUUUUAGUCUUUUUAUGUCUCCAAUUUAAAUAUAAUCACAAUUUCAAUUGGUAGCAUCACAAUUAUCUUAGGCUUUUGAGUUAGCAGUAGAACCUAAUGAUUGAUUUUCAAUAUAUUCCAUUUCAUACUAAAUAUUGCAGAGGAAGGAAAGAACGCAAGGGAUUAUUAAGCAUAGUUGGCUGUUUUCAAACUCUAAACAUUAAAAUCCACAUGGGGCAUUAAAAAUACAAAUUUGUGUGUAUAAUUUCCAGUAAGAAACCUGAAGCUAAAAGUUAUUAUUGAUGUUAAUUACGUUGGGUAUGAGCUAACAAAAAAAUAGGUAACUUUUUAAUAAAUAUAUUCCAUUUUAAAUAUGUAUGUUCCUUGUUCAGCACAAUUGUAAAACUAACCAAAAUGAAGGUUUUCUGAAGUACAGGCUUAAAUGCAAAAAGUUACAUAAGAUAAUAUUAGGACAAAAAGUUAGUGUCAUGUUCAGAGUUUGGUGAUAUGUUUAAACAAUACAUACUUUUCUAAAACAG